AUGCAUCUUCCAGUCAUGUCGAGCGACACGAAAUCCAGCCGGACGAGCCUCGCAACCACCAUCACGAUGGCUACAGAAUUUCCAAUUCUGGACACAAUGUCUACGCUGAUGGAUCCCGAGCCUCCAAGAAUUGUCUUGCCUCCUCCGCCCUUCCAUCUCCGGAUCGCGUACUUCGUCAGCCUGUGGUCUUUCAAGGCUUUCUUUUCAUUCUGUCUCGGUGUGAGCCGAUUGUUCCAAAGGCGAAGGGCGGGUUUAUUACGACCGGAAGUGAAGGCGUAUCAAAUACGGCCGGACCUCAAAAACCGGAUAUUCCGUCCAGAAGGGUCUGAAAAUGAGAAGCUCCCACUCUACUUGGACGUUCACGGCGGCGGCUGGGCCGUCGCUGAUCCAGAAACCGACGAUGAGUUUUGCUCCUUCAUCGCCCAAACCUUCAACAUCAUCGUGGUGUCAAUCAACUACCACAAAUCACCAACCUACAAAUACCCCCACGCGGCUGAAGAUAUUGCUGCGAUUGCAGAUGCAGUCAUCAAUGACAGGACUCUGCGUAUCGACGAGAAGAAAAUCGUAAUCGGUGGUUUCUCCGCUGGUGGAAAUCUCGCGUUUGCUGCAAGCCAGCUGGAGAUUCUGCGAGGCCGAAUUAGUAGUAUAGUGGGCCUUUAUCCCGCAUUGGAUCUUUCUGAAACGCUGAAAGCCAAGCUCGAAAGGCGUCCAAAAAAUGCGCCUUAUGAUAUUUUAAAGACAAGUGCGAAUUUCCUAGAUUGGGCCUAUGUGCCGCGAGGUGUUGAUAGGAGAGAUCCUUUGCUCUCGCCUUGUUACGCUAGGCGCGAAGACUUGCCUCCCAACGUGUAUCUUGUUGGCGCCGAGUAUGACAUGCUUUGCUAUGAGGCGGAAAGGAUGGCCGAGGUGUUGGCAGCUGAAGCUGGGGGUGAAAGACGAGACAUGCCAUCAAUACCGAAGGGUGAUGGGUGGCAGCAGGGCAAUGUGAGGUGGGAAUGUGCUCGAGGAAGAGAUCAUGCGUUCACACACAUCACCAAGCGAGGGAGAAAGGAGAGAGAAAGGGUGAAAUUCUGCCAGGAGAUGUAUUGUCGUGUAGGAACAUGGUUAAGGGAAGAGGUAUGGGCGGAUAGUUCUGUACCUUGA